GAUCCUUCGCUGGAAGAGACGUAACGAAGGAGGGCUUACGAGACUGCAAGCAAAUCUCGCGAUUAUUUAUUGUUUAUUAAUUUUUUUUCUUUGCUUAGCGACCGACAACAGCUCAGUUGCUCCAAGGGGAAGCACGAAAGUAGCUUGGUCUAAGAUUGGAGUGAGACCCCAGUCCUAGACUGGGGUUCUUUGCAAAUAGAGGAGACGGAUUCAGAGGGGCUGCAGACCAAGAUUGUUGACAACCAGACGUACGAUGAGCGUCUAGAAAUUAACGACGCUGAAGAGAUUGCAGGUAGUCAUACUCCAACUGAGAGACCCAAAGGACUUCCUCAUUCUGCCCAUCUUCCUGACAAGACCAUGGCUGAUAACAGCAAUGAUGAGUAUGAAGAGGAAAACAACAAGGAGAAGAAGAAGACUUCACAGCUGACACCUCAACGAGGUUCUAGUGACAAUGAGGAUGAUGAUGAUGAUGAUGACGAUGGCUCAUCUGAAACUGAUUCUGAUGAAGACGAUGAUGAUGAUGAACACGGGGCUCCCCUCGAAGGGGCCUACAAUCCUGCAGAUUAUGAACAUUUACCAGUUUCUGCUGAGAUAAAAGAACUCUUCCAGUAUAUCAGUAGGUACACACCUCAGUUGAUUGGCCUGGACCACAAACUGAAACCUUUCAUUCCUGAUUUUAUCCCAGCUGUUGGAGAUAUUGAUGCAUUCUUAAAGGUUCCACGUCCUGAUGGAAAGCCUGACAACCUUGGCCUGUUAGUAUUAGAUGAGCCUUCUACAAAGCAGUCGGACCCUACAGUCCUCUCACUUUGGUUGACAGAGAAUUCUAAACAGCAUAACAUCACACAACAUAUGAAAGUAAAGAGCCUCGAAGAUGCAGAAAAGAAUCCCAAAGCCAUUGACACAUGGAUCGAGAGUAUCUCUGAGUUACACCGUUCUAAGCCCCCUGCAACUGUGCACUAUACCAGGCCCAUGCCUGAUAUUGAUACUCUGAUGCAAGAAUGGUCCCCAGAGUUUGAAGAGCUUUUGGGCAAGGUAAGCCUGCCCACGGCAGAGAUCGAUUGCAGUCUGCCAGAGUACAUUGACAUGAUCUGUGCCAUCCUAGACAUUCCUAUCUACAAGAGUCGGAUCCAGUCCCUCCACCUGCUCUUUUCUCUCUACUCAGAAUUCAAGAACUCACAGCAUUUUAAAGCUUUAGCUGAAGGCAAGAAGACAUUCACCCCUCCAUCCAUCUCCAACUCCCAAGCUGGAGAUGCAGAGACAUUAACCUUUAGCUGAGACUUUCUGGCUCACGCUGUUUCCCGGCUGAUCCUGGCACACCUCUUCCCCAGCUAAGGAGAGACUGUCAGCCUCCUGGCAUCCUUGCUCGCACCGCAACUUGACUCAGGGAGCACGGCACAUGCUCUGACUUCUGCCUGGCUCAGAUUUCCUUCCCCUAGGAAUUAUGUAUCUCCACCACUGUGGGGAUCAGAGUUUGAAGAUUCGGAAUUUCUGGUAUCCCAGAGUGCUCAACAUGGGAGGAAAGCUUUAAAGACCGUCUUUCUGAGAUAACAGUGGAAGUCUUGUUUUCCAUUCUCAUAGUUGUCACAGAUUUUACAAAUAAAAUGCUCUAUCUUUCAGGUUA